GUGUACCCUUACGCCCUGAAGGCGGAGCACAGGCAUGGCGGGCAAUGCGGCAGACAGUGCCAAUCACCUACCUUUCUUUUUUGGCAAUAUCACCCGGGAGGAGGCCGAAGACUACCUGGUCCAGGGAGGUAUGACUGAUGGGCUGUACCUGCUACGUCAGAGUCGCAAUUACCUGGGUGGCUUUGCCCUGUCGGUGGCCUAUGGCAGGAAGGCACACCACUACACCAUCGAGAGAGAGCUCAACGGCACCUAUGCCAUCUCCGGGGGCAGGGCCCACAGCAGCCCCGCUGACCUCUGCCACUACCACUCCCAGGAGGCCGAUGGCCUCAUCUGUCUCCUACAGAAACCCUUCAACCGGCCACCAGGGGUGCAACCCAAGAUUGGACCCUUUGAAGAUCUGAAAGAAAACCUCAUCAGGGAGUAUGUAAAGCAGACCUGGAAUCUGCAGGGCCAGGCUCUGGAACAAGCCAUCAUCAGCCAGAAGCCCCAACUGGAGAAGCUGAUUGCUACCACUGCCCAUGAGAAAAUGCCCUGGUUCCAUGGCAACAUCUCCCGGGAUGAGUCAGAACAGAUUGUCUUGAUAGGAUCAAAGACAAAUGGGAAGUUUUUGAUCAGGGCCAGAGACAACAAUGGCUCCUAUGCUCUGUGCCUGCUACACGAAGGGAAAGUGCUGCACUACCGCAUCGACAAGGACAAGACCGGGAAGCUCUCCAUCCCCGAGGGGAAGAAGUUCGACACCCUCUGGCAGCUCGUGGAGCAUUAUUCUUACAAGCCAGAUGGUUUGUUAAGAGUUCUUACAGUGCCAUGUCAAAAGAUUGGCUCACAAACAGGUCAGCUACAGAAUGCGAGUUCCCCUCUUCCGACUUGGUUACCGGGUGGAAUAAUCUCAAGAAUCAAAUCCUACACCUUCCCAAAGCCUGGCCACAAAAAGAGCGCCUCACCUCGUGGGAGCCGGCCAGAGAGCACUGUGUCCUUCAAUCCCUACGAGUCAGACCGCGGGCCCUGGGCUGCAGAGAGAGGCCCUCAGAGAGAAGCCAUGCCCAUGGACACGGAGGUGUAUGAGAGCCCCUAUGCCGACCCUGAAGAGAUCAGGCCCAAAGAGGUGUACCUCGACCGAAGCCUGCUGACCCUAGAAGACAGCGAACUGGGCUCCGGAAACUUUGGGACUGUCAAGAAGGGCUACUACCAAAUGAAAAAAGUUGUGAAAACAGUAGCAGUGAAAAUCCUGAAAAAUGAGGCCAAUGACCCGGCUCUGAAAGAUGAAUUGCUCGCAGAAGCCAAUGUCAUGCAGCAACUGGACAACCCCUACAUUGUCCGCAUGAUUGGGAUUUGUGAAGCGGAGUCUUGGAUGCUGGUGAUGGAGAUGGCAGAACUGGGUCCUCUCAAUAAGUAUUUGCAACAGAACAGGCAUGUCAAGGACAAGAAUAUCAUAGAGCUGGUCCAUCAGGUCUCCAUGGGAAUGAAGUAUUUGGAAGAGUGCAAUUUUGUGCAUAGAGAUCUGGCCGCAAGAAACGUGUUGCUGGUCACUCAACAUUAUGCUAAGAUCAGUGAUUUUGGUCUUUCCAAAGCACUUGGAGCUGAUGAAAGCUACUAUAAGGCACAGACACACGGGAAGUGGCCGGUGAAGUGGUAUGCGCCAGAGUGCAUCAACUACUACAAGUUCUCCAGCAAGAGUGACGUCUGGAGCUUCGGGGUGCUGAUGUGGGAGGCGUUUUCCUACGGGCAGAAGCCUUACCGCGGAAUGAAGGGGAGCGAGGUGACCGCCAUGCUGGAGAAAGGAGAGCGCAUGGGCUGCCCCGCAGGGUGCCCGAGAGAGAUGUAUGAGCUAAUGAACCUGUGCUGGACCUAUGAGGUGGAGAAGAGGCCUGGAUUUGUAGCAGUGGAACUGCGGCUGCGCAAUUAUUACUACGAUGUGGUUAACUAGCCAGCUCCCUCUGGUGUCGGUCCCCUCCUGGGCAAAUGUAUUCUGAUGGACUGGUUUUCAGUGUCUGCAACACCCUCUGCCGGUGGAGAGAGCCAGCUUCAUGUGGAACACGGCAUGUCCUUAGACUCUCCCUCCCCAGAACAAGCUCAUCCCCAGAAGGAGGCUGGACAAAGGGGCCCCUGAAUUCAUCUGUGUGGUUUUCAUGACAGAUCACUUCUAAGAUCUGAUUCCGAAUUCCUUUUAUUUUCACUGGGGCCUGGACUGCAGGAAUCCUGGAAAACUUGAACUAGAGGCAGGGCUGGGGGGUGUAGGGCAUUCUCAUCCACUUAGCCUCUGCAGAUCUUUCAGCUAGCAUUUCGCAGGUGAUUCCUGAGAUGGAGAAACAGCCAGGGUAAAAAAAAAAGGACAACUGCAUCUUGAACAGACUUUGGCAGCUGUGAGACUGAUCCCUGGUCACAGAAAUGCUGUCUGAAUGGAUAAAUGCUAUGGGAGCUUUCAAAGAAAGAGGAGGAGGAGGAAGAAGAGUAGAAGGAAGGAGAAAAGGAAGAGAAUGAAGAGGAGGCGGAAUAAGCUCUACCAGUAUGAGUUCUAACCAUCUAGCCAGUUAGUGAACUAAUAAUAAUAUGAAUAGUCAUAAUUAAUAAUAAACCUGGAUGUUGCUUUUGC